CCUGCCAUCCUCGUACUUCACGUGCUGUCUGUGUUUGCCCGAUCCCGGGAUAUGCUAGAUCGCUCGUACAUGGGAUCAGCGGAUGGAUCAUUAACAUUUCUUACCGUCUCUAGUGGAGAGAGCUGUUGCCUAAAGGGUAGUUCGUCGCGGUUAACUGGGACCGCAGUAAGCUAACCAUGUCGAUUUGUGCAGGUUUUCUGAACUUGUAGCCUACCAAUACCAGUUAGUUAGAAAUUUCCUGUUUGUUACCGAAGUACUGUAGAUGCUUAACCUCUUGAUCUCGGGGUAUUUGGUGCUUUUUACAGUUAACCCUUACGCAUUCCUGCAAAGCAAGCUUGGCGCCACGUGUUGCUGUUCCAAUUCAUUCAUUCAUUCAUUAGUGGUGGUGCGAAUAAUGAACAAAGGCAGCAUCCACAAAAAGGAGACGCACGGAACAAGCGACGACAUAAGCGAGAACACGCCUGUGGAGAAGGUCAGGGGCCCCAAUCUGUUUGAACGGGCCAAGGAAGAGAUCGAGGCUCUUGUGGAGGCUGUUCACGAUAAGAUGGAGCACCAUUCCAGUCCCCGCAGGAAGGAGGGUGAAUUGCACAAGGAUUCCAAGGAACACAGUGAGGCAAACAUGCAUAAGAAGACCCAUGAGAACGAAACUCAUGGUACAAGCAAUCAUAUAAGUGAGGACACGCCUGUCAGCAAAGUCAAAGGCCCGGGCGUGUUUGAACGUGCCAAGGAAGAGAUCGAAGCUAUCGUUGAGGCCAUCCAUCCGAAGAAAGAAUCCGACAAGUGAAGAUCGGGCGCAUCGUGUACACUGUGUCUUCAGAAUUUUCAGUGGCUGUGAAAACUAUGUGGGCUAUGUCCAGGUGGAUGCAUUAUUUGCGUCAUAUCCACAUGCAAGCUUUGUAUUUUGCAUUGCCAAACUCUAUCGCUGCACGAGCUGAAUGCUCCAUCGUAUCGCCGCCGCUUACGUUGAGCAGAAGCUGUAUAAAAUGUGACAUGACUGUACAACUACUUUGUUGUGUUUGAAUUGCCAAGAAGCUUUAUGCAAUUUAUCA